AAGAUGCUGGCGGCCUUUGUCUCCCGCGUGUUGUCGGGUGUUGUCCAGAAGCCAGCUCGCAGAGUGCUGGUGGCAUCCUGUAACCACUCAAAUGAUGCUACAUUUGAAAUAAAGAAAUGUGAUCUUUAUCAGUUGGAAGAGGGACCCCCUGUCACAACGGUGCUCACCAGGGAGGAUGGACUCAGAUACUACAGGAUGAUGCAUAUUGUUCGCCGCAUGGAAUUGAAGGCAGAUCAGCUGUAUAAACAGAAAUUUAUUCGUGGUUUCUGUCACUUGUGUGAUGGUCAGGAAGCUUGCUGUGUGGGCCUUGAGGCAGGUAUAAACCCAUCGGAUCAUAUCAUCACUUCCUACCGGGCUCACGGCCUAAGCUAUUCUCGCGGACUUUCUGUCCGGUCAAUUCUCGCAGAGCUGACGGGCCGAAGAGGAGGGUGUGCUAAAGGAAAAGGAGGAUCGAUGCAUAUGUAUACAAAGAACUUCUAUGGGGGCAAUGGCAUUGUGGGCGCACAGGGCCCCCUGGGAGCUGGCAUUGCUCUGGCCUGUAAAUAUUUUGGAAACAAUGAAGUGUGUUUGACUUUAUAUGGGGAUGGCGCUGCUAAUCAGGGGCAGAUAGCUGAAGCUUUCAAUAUGGCAUCUUUGUGGAAACUACCCUGUGUUUUCAUUUGUGAAAAUAACCUCUAUGGAAUGGGAACAUCCGCUGAGAGAGCAGCAGCCAGCACUGAUUACUACAAGAGGGGCCAUUUUAUACCUGGACUGAGGGUAGAUGGAAUGGAUGUUCUGUGUGUUCGGGAGGCAACGAAGUUUGCGGCUGACUAUUGUAGAUCUGGAAAGGGGCCUAUAGUGAUGGAGCUGCAGACCUACCGUUAUCAUGGACACAGUAUGAGUGAUCCUGGAGUCAGUUACCGGACAAGAGAAGAAAUUCAGAAUGUAAGAAGUAAGAGUGAUCCUAUCAUGCUUCUCAAAGACAGAAUGCUAAACACCAAGCUUGCCAGUGUUGAAGAAUUAAAGGAAAUUGAUGCUGAAGUAAGGAAAGAAAUUGAUGAUGCCGCCCAGUUUGCUACAACUGAUCCUGAACCACCUUUGGAAGAAUUAGGCCAUCACAUCUACAGCAGUAAUCCACCUUUUGAAGUGCGUGGUGCAAAUCAGUGGAUCAAGUUUAAGUCUCUUAGUUAA